UCCCUCUUAGAUUUCAAAAAUAUCACCAUAUACGUCGCAAUUUACGCGGGUGCGAUCAGUCUUGUGAUAUCCGCUUGUACGAACGGUUCAGAAAUGUACUUCGCCAAAGAGAGCAGUGCAUCGUUCGAAACGAAGAAGGACUGUAACGCGUAAGUUUCGACGUUCUAUAUACAAAAAAAAUUAAAAAAACAUUUUUUAACAUUACGUACGUACACAGCAUGGAACGUCGCGCGGUGCGCUUGCUGAGCAGGCGUUACAACCUGACGGCUACGGGCCACAAAUUUUUGGAAAUUGGCAUCAACGUUGGUCCACCGAGUUACGUGGAGAUCGUCCUGGGAGGUCAUCGCGGACACGAACUGUCGCUGUCUCUCGAAACGUGGAAGGGUCUCUACGAGCAUCGAUGGAAUAUUUACAAGCUGCUUCGAAACGAGUACAAAGAUAAUUUCAUAAGCGUUGGACCGCUAACGGUCAAAGUGUGCACGCUGAACAACGUUAUGCUCGUACAUCUCGAUUCUUCAUCCGUAUACAUGAUGACCGAAACGACGCUACGCCGUAUGUUCGAGUUUGAUGGGUGUAUCAACGUAAGGUUUGAACGAUUAGCCAGACUCAUCGACACGGUUGACGCCAAGUAUACACGAUUCUCCAUUAUCGCGCCCGAGAACGUUAUACGCGACAGCGGCAUCUUCAACACGCAUCAGCUCGUCGAUUGCGAGCUCUUAGCUUUAGCUAUUAAUACGUACGAAGGAAACGAUGUAAAAAAGUGUGAAUAA